ACCGUGCUGUCCACAAACAUAUAAAGUCCUCAGUCUGCAACGGGAACGUUUUAGUGACCAGCUUGGUUCAAGAAUCAUUUCCCAGAUGAUCAACGUUUUAGGAACAGUUGAGUUCUCCCAUGACUUGGACAUGACGCCAGUAGCAGGAGGACGCAGCAGACAGAGGUCCCACUCCUACUAUAAUGCCGAAGACGUUAAGAAUUAUGGUUUGCAGACACAGACCAAGGAUCCAAUUCUAAGACCUCGCUCCAGGUCUUUCUACAGUUACGAAACAUCAGAGGAUUACUCUGACUUUGAUGCAGGCAACUUCACAAGUUCAAAUCCGUCAGGUCAAAAGGUGAACUCCACUUUGCAGAAUCAGGCGUCCAGAAAAGAAAGGAAAACAAAACAAAAAAAGAACUCACCCUCAAGAGAACUAGAUGGCAGUAGAGGCAGCCUGAAGUCAGUAUCCAUGAUGACUAUUUCGGAGUCGGACAACUGGGAGAUCUGCUCCAGCUCAGGGAUGAAGUACGGCCAGUUUGUCGACUGGGAGAAGAUCGACCCUGAAGCUGCUAUGAGAUAUCAGGAGAUUCUACAGAGUGGCCAUCAUCAACUGAAAUCUAUGGCCCGUAAAGGAUUCUGGGCUACGCCACAUACACUGCGAGCCAAAGCUUACUACCAUAUCAUCCAUGGGAUUCACUCCAGCGCUGUGACUCCGGAGAGAGAUGUCUACUAUGAACUGUCCAAAAGGCUUUUUGGGGAGAAAAAACUAAGCUCACAUCCGGUCCCGGACUACAUGGAGGCCGGUGAAAUACCCAGGUACUGUCUUAACAAAGCUGGUCUAAACUCCGCCAAAAAGAUCCUCCUCUCUCUUGGCAACUACUUCCCCGACAUGAACUUCUGCCCCAUCCUCCCAGCUCUGGUCUCCCUCAUUUUGCACUUCAGCCAAGAUGAAGCCGAGUGCUUCCACAGCGUUUCAAGACUUAUCUGUUUCAAAGACCCGAACAAGCGUUACAUUGACCAGACCUUUCUUACGUACCGCGCUUCCUGCAUGACCUUCGGAGACCUUGCCAACAGGUGCUGCAGGGGUAUCCGCAAACUGAUCGCCAGCUCGCACCAAAAUCUUUUUGAGUUUUACUCCGACUGGAUCAUGUGGAUAUUUGCGGAGCUGCCUUUUACGUAUGCCAUCCGAGUGCUUGAUGUGUAUCUGCUGGAGGGCUACAAGGUUCUUUACAGGGUUGCCUUGGCUUUGUUAAGUCUCUACAAAGUAUCCGUGUCUUCACGUGUGGCAGACGUACAAGACUUCCGAACAGACAUGAUACGAUUCGUGCAGAAUGUUGCCCGCCACUGUUCAGCGGAGACUCUUCUAGAGAAGGCCUUCAUGAUCCCAAUGGCCACCAGGCAGGAGCUCAACCUUCUGUUUAACGCCAAUAGGAGUUCGCUCAUGCAAAAAGGAGUCAGUAGCCACCAGAAGAGGCAGUCAGUGGACUCGGUUGACUUCAACAACUUCAGUUCCACGGUUGUGACUGGCACAGAGAUGAGAGUGGUCUGGGCGUGGAUACCUGAGCGCUUUGCCCUCUUCAGUCCCAUCAAGAUCUUCAGCAAAGCCGAGCAUGGAGGGUGUCUGGCGUCGUUUUACUCCCACGUGGAGGGACAUGAACCUGCAGUAGUAGUUGUGAAAACUACUGAUGAAGAGGUGUUUGGUGCCUUCAUAUCGACUGAUCUGAGCGAAAGACACAAGCAUGACAGUGAAGAGCUGCAAUAUUUUGGAACCGGGGAAUGUUUUGUUUUCACGCUGCGACCCAGUAUGGAGCGCUAUCAGCAAGCAAUGGUAAACAUCAUGACAAGAGGAGCUUCGCCGCAGCAAGUCAACGGCAGCAGCUGCCAAACUACUGGGGCCACUCUGACAUGUCCGGCCGGGACCCCUCAAAACCCCAGCUACCUGACAAUCCCAUUCACUGGCCCUGCAGAGGAAAUUCUGACAGCCAAACAGCCAAAGAGAACUAAAGAACAGAGGGCAUCCAAGUUCAUAGCCGGAGAUGACCGGCAGCUUCUCAUUGGUGGUGACGGUGGCUGUGCGCUGUGCUUGCAUGAAGAUCUGGAGGCAGGAUACAGUCAACAAUGCAGCACGUUUAAAAAUACCCCUCUCUGCAAGGGGCCCUUUAAGAUCCAGGCUGUGGAAGUUUGGGGCAUCCAGAAUUCUAUUUCACUGUCACAAUGUCUCUCCACGCAAAAUUAAGCAGCCAUUCCAUUUCAAUCUAGCAUUGCCAGCUUCUUCUUUGUUAAAACAGUGAGACCUAAAGUUUCAGAUUAAAUCCUAUUUAUUUCUUUGUAAGCAUAUUUAAUGGGAUUUUGCUUGUAUUUUCUUUUUUAUUCAUGCGAAACUGCUGUUUUGACUUGCACCCAACAAGGCUUACAAUGACAAUGAUCCUGUUUCUUGUUUAACAAAAUUUGUCACAUUUUUCAACUCAUCCAUUUGCACUACAUUGUAAGUAAUGUAUUCCUGAGAAAAGAUUUGAUCAAAGUCUCACAUCACCUUUGUAUUUAAAUAAAACAAGCAUUGAAGCAUAAAAUCGUUA